AAUAUGUGGCACACUGAAUUAGUAGCUUUCCAACCGUAUGACUGUUCUUGAGUUUUUCCCCAAUAAUUCAUUCUCAUUCAUAACGUAUUCAGAUGAAAAAAUUUGGUUUGUCUGUUUUCAUUUAUAGCUGUAUUCCUGUAAAUGCGGUUCAUUUUGUAGAUUUGAACUAUGAAUUAACAUAAUAUCGCAUGGUAUCGUGAUACUUCAGUCAGUAUAGUAUCGUAAGAUAUGUUUAAGGUAUCGUGACAACCCUGUCCUCGAUACUACUACAGUAUAAAAUUACAUCGCAAGGGGAACAGCAUUGUAUUGCCUACUCUAGAAUAAGAAUCAAAAAAUGACUCGUAUAUGCGAAUCGGCUCCCAACGUUCACCUAAAGAGUCAGUUCAAAGAAUCGACACAUUACUCUUUCGGGCACAGCGAGUGUUUUUCCAGCAUAAUCGGGAGUAUUAGACGCUAGAUGAACAGAGCAGUUCAGUGAUACGAAACUGCAAAAACACACACAAAAGUUCAGUGAGUAUCUUAGCGAAAGAAGGUAUUUUUGGACGUGAGAAUGUAGGUGGCGGACCCGGCGCGUGUCCCUCUGAGGCGUGUGCGGCGCGCGCAUCCUCUCUCUCUCCUCACGAGCCAGAAAGCGCGCGCACAAACUGUUGAGGAAUGAGCCAGAAAUGUCUUGUUUUGAAAUGUCUCCCCCCCUGUUUGUUUUUAACGCCGCGACGUUCUGUACAGUCUCGAAAAUGGCCAGCUGACUGAACUAGCAGUCUGUCGCCUAGUUUAAAGGCGAGGGAAACCAGACGCGAGCUCUAGACUCUCACAAUCACGUCAAGCGCGAACCGACACAGAGGACUCGGCGUUCUCUGAUCAUCCCCAUGAUGCGGGUGUGGAUCAGCAUCAUCAUAGACAGACGACACUGCAUCACUGUUAUGAAGCAAGCUAUAUUUCAUGAUGCAGAAGAAUGGAAAUCAUAGACGAGGAGAAGGAAGCCGACUGGAUUAAAGUUGCUCCUGAUUUCCUACCAUCUUCACCAUCAUGAUGGUGUGCAACGUCAGUUCAGGAUGUGGUCUACCAGAACAUCACACACUCAGAUAUGUAACAAAUGUCACUGGGCUUCAGGAAACCACAAACUCCUCUUUAUCCACCAGCCUGAAGGUUGUGCUGUCUGUUAUAAUGGUGGUCAUCAUCACCAUCGGUUUUCUCGGAAACGCCAUCGUCUGCCUCAUAGUUUACCAAAAGCCGGCGAUGCGUUCUGCCAUCAAUCUGUUACUAGCCACGCUGGCUUUCAGCGACAUCAUGCUCUCACUCUUCUGCAUGCCUGUGACCGCUGUUACCGUGGUGUCCCAUGAUUGGUGUUUCGGACUGGACUUUUGCCGCAUCACGCUCGUGCUCUAUUGGCUCUUUGUUCUGGAAGGCGUGUCCAUCCUGCUGAUCAUCAGCGUGGACCGCUUUCUCAUCAUCGUGCAGCGGCAAGACAAGCUGACGCCGAGUCGUGCUCGCAUGUUCAUCGCCGCGUCCUGGUUGUUCUCCUUCUGCUUGGCCUUGCCUGCUGCCGGCAGCGUGCCAACUAUUAAAGCGUCACGCUGUGUUUUGGGCUACAUCGAGUCCCCUAACCGCGGCUACACACUGCUGCUGGUCAACGCUGUCUUUUUCGUGCCCGUGAGCGUCAUGCUGGUCUCCUAUUUGCGCAUCCUAAACACGGUGCGCCGCAACGCCUUGCGUGUCCACAACCACACCUUCCCCAGUCCUGAACAUGGAGGAAAAGUGAGUUUGCCGGUUCUACGGCGCCCCCCGCAGCUCAGCGUGGACGUGAGCUUCAAGACUCGGGCCUUCACUACGAUCCUUAUCCUUUUUGUUGGCUUUUCCGUGUGCUGGCUGCCCCACACGGCGCUCGGCCUCUUGGCUGCUUUCAAUCAGAAGUUCUACACGAGUAACGAGUUUUACGCAGCAAGCGUUGGGGCGCUGUGGCUCAGCUACUUGAAAGCUGUGUUUAACCCUGUGGUGUACUGCUGGAGGAUCCGCAAGUUCCGCGAGGCCUGCGACGAGUUUGUGCCCAGGAGCUUCAGGAUGCCCAGGCUGAGGGCACGAGGUGGACCCAGGGUCCGUCCCUGCAGCAUCUACGUCUGCGCCGAGAGCCAGUCAGCCAUGUGAUGCUUUGCCAGACAUGAUGUUACUUGGACCCUCGAUCGUUCAUUCAUCUUCAGUAACCUCUAUAUCCUGGACAGGGUAACAGUGGAUCUGGAGCCUAUCCCAGGAACACUAGGUGUAAGGUGGGAACACAACCAGUACAUUGCAGUGCACCAUAUGCGCACACAUUCACACUCUCAUUCACACCUUGGGCCAAUUUAUCUUAGUCAGUCCACCACCAUGUUAUUGGGAGGUGGGAGGAGACUCGCACAGGCACAGGAGAAACAGCGUACAGACGUAACUCGAACUCAGGACUGAACCAGGGACCCUGGAGCAGUGAGGCACUACACACAACAAGAUGCUUCUAAUAUGAGCUGUUACGCUGUUUCUGUUUGAAUUGUUUUUAAUUAAGCUGCUCGAAAUUCACCUCUGACCAGGUCCGAGUUACCCAAAAGUAUCACAGUGCAAAAGGUCAUGCUUUUUAUCUUGGACCUUUUAGCAGAUAUGUAACAUUUGACUUAAAUUUUUAAUUAAUUCUCUUUUUUUUUUCCAGUUUGGAAUUAUAUUUAUACCAAACGUACAGAUGGGUAAUAUCACAAAAAAAAAAAAAAAAAAACCCAUCAUACCGCGAUACUUCAAGAUGUAACUACAGCAUUUUGGUUUUGUAAUUUGAUAAAUAAUUAUAUUUCAUGAUAAGCACCAACAAAACAACGGAGCCACUUUAUGGAAAAACUGUAUACAAAAUGAAGAUAUUUAAUGUACAGUAUCGAUAUUCUGAGUGUAUGGUAUCAGUUCAUGGGUUUACAUAUCCCUUUAUGGGUGAUAUAUAUUUUCUCAUUCUAGAGUUAUACAGUCUAUACUUGCAGACCCUUCGCCUUUAACGAACACCAAUAAUAUUAAACCUCAGAGGCUCUGCAUAGCCUAACACCUUGCACAUUGUUCUUGACCUUGAUCUUUUAUAUCUCUGACAGACACGCACACACACUGCCUACAUCAGGUCUGGAGACUGAAGGGCAUGGCACAACCUUCAGGAUAUGUUUGCCUUGUAUUUUGGAACUGCUGUUUACUAACAAUACAUCUAUCCAAUAUCUGUACCAUUUAUCCUAUACAGGGUCGCAGGGAGCGUAGAGCUUAUCCCAGGGGACUCGGGGCACAAGGCAUGGGACACUCUGGACAGGGUUUUUUUUUUUGUUUGUUUGUAUUUUUUGGAAAUCAGUGUAAAUCAGUAUAAACAUAGCUACUUUUUCCAUCUAGAAACAUAGUGAUACAAACGUUGCCUUCAGCUGUACGUUUAGAGAUAGUAGUUACCAAGGAAACCGAUAGAAAUGCAUAUACACCUGAUGAUACCAGCGAUACUCAGGAUGUUACUGAUAUCAUACCCACUUAUCGUCCAGCCCUAACCAGACACACACAUUCGGGUCGGUACAGGUGUAAUCGGAAGUAUUUUAGCCUGCAUUAAAUCAGUGGUCUCCAAUGAAUCCAGUUUGCUCUCGUUAAAGGAAAAAUCCACCCUGAAUGACUCGCAUAUUAAUCUUUAUAAUUAACCUGUGAUAAUCUUCAGUGGUGUCCAGUGGAAUUCCGAUUUUCCUUUUUUUUUUUUUUUUAAUUUAGUUUAAACAUCUUUCAUUGACGCAAUGUUCUAUUUUCACUUUGUGACGCAGCAGCGCUUUAAGUCCGUUAUCCUAUCCAGCUGUCCGAUCUCACAUAUAGCAGUAGACAACUCCUGACCUCUCACGGAAAUAACGGAAAUACUGCACCAACCAACAAAAUGGCACCGGAAGCACAAAAAGUGCCUCAGGGUGAAGUUUUUAAAAAAAAAAAAAAAAAAGUUCUCCUCCGUUCAGGUUGCUAACGGACAAGCUGCAAGACACAGGUGUAAAUAUUUCUUCCAGAUUGUGUACUAAAAGAUGCACAGAAAGUCACGACUAACAUAAGCAGUCAAGUUUAUUAAAAUGGACAUCUUUACAUUUGUACAUUCCAACUACACGGCCAUCCAUUUACAAAGCGACAAACAGUUAUAAAUACAGUAUGUACACGAGUAGAUAUGCGUUUAUAAAAUACUCGAGUGGAUAGAAAGAGGCAGACGGAUUCCGUCUGCAGUAUUAAGGGUCAGGCGGCUGUAGUUAGAUGCACUCGUGAUCAGGGAGAGGAGGUUAGAGUCUGUUACAUGUUAAGACCAGGUCAAGUGUCAUGACAACAUUGAGGGCCGGGUUUGAUCGAGAAAAAAAAAAAACAAAAAAACAGCGUAGUCAUAAACGCCGUUACGAUCUGCACCAUUCUAAUAGAUAAGAUAAUCGUAACACUACAGUGCUUUUGGAAAACCAGGCCCUGGAUUAUAGACACUGUCAAACAAUCGUACGGAUUCGACAUCAAAAGACGUGUUGAUGUUAUUUCCUUCUUUUUUUUUUUUGCUGUACACAUUGAUUUAAUUCGUCUAUGCAUAACAUUUGUUUUUUCUUCAUUUUUGUACAGUGAAAUCUGCAAACGUUUACAUCCAAUAAAAGCUGAGCCUGAACCAGUCCAUAAGCAGGUGUCGGUGUGUGUCUCCACGAGCAGGUGUGUGUCUUUGGUUCCUGCCCAUGCACCGGUUGAAGUAUUGAUAUCGUAGGCAGUGGUUAUACUGUGCUUGAGAUUUUAGAACGAGCCUCCGCCAGGGGCAUCAUCAUGCCGCUCUCACUCCCAGUCUCUCACACAAAAGCAUUCCCAAUCAACAUGUGCAUGUCGCAAAAUAUAUUCAAAAACACACUACCGUUAUUAGACGGCAAGACCUUCAUUAUGCUAUUCAAUACUUUUUGAAAUAUCUCUGUUAUUCACAGCUUAGCAUUUAUAAGACUCGCAGCUCAAACGAAGGACUUGACGAGAAAUGCGCGUAUGCGAAACGAGUGUUCUUCUGCCCUGUCGCGUAGCACGAGCAGCUGUUCAAGAAGAUGCACUGGCUUCACAUGGUAGCAUGUUAGGGAAAGGCUAGCUAGUGAGUGGGGAUUGGCAAUGACUCAAACUGGGAGAAAACAUUUUCUUAAAAAAAACAAAAAAAAAAAAAAAAACAAACAAUCUUUGAAUCUAUGUUCUUCAUUCACAAAUUAAAAAAAAAAAAUCGUAUUACUGAAGAUUCAGAACAAGAGAGCUUUGAGAAAGUUUGAGAAAUUACAAAUGUGGUUCUUUCUUUGUCCUCAUCAUAUAUUACUAGGGAUGUAAUGGAAUAUGAAUACAUUCAGAAAUGAUCAGUGUGUCCUAAACAGAUACAAAGCCAGGCAUUCUAUUCUUUUAACGCUUGCUAGAAAUCUGGUUAAGACUAGAGGUGUGGAUUAGAGAGGAAUCCAACAGGAGGCAAUAAAAAGUCUUUCACUUUCACGUGGGCGGAAAGUGGGACAAAGAAAGAACAAAUUGAUUAAACGUGAGCGUGACGCAUUUAGAACGGCCAUUCAUUCAAAAUACCUGCCUGGUCAGGGUCGUGGUGAUUAAUAUCUAUCCCAUAAUAUCUAGAUAGAAAUAAUCAAGCCUAAGCAUGUUUAUGAUUCUAUGGAAUUAAAAAUCUAAUUACUUUUUUUUUACAUUUGGACAGAAAUAUCUUGCAUUUGUUUCUAAAAUAACCGCGUCCCUGUCGGCACAGACGUGAAGAGCAACUUUGGUGUCCUG